GGGAUUCAAUGCAAAUACUUGUUUGGGUCAUCAGUUAUUAUUGGUAGCUAGAAAUGGAAAAGAGUAAGGUUCUUGUUGUGGGUGGCACUGGCUAUAUUGGGAAGAGAAUAGUGAAGGCGAGCUUAGCCCAAGGCCACACCACUUACGUCCUCCAUCGCCGCGAGAUUGGUUGCACUUCCGACAUCGACAAACUCCAAAUGUUGUUGUCGUUCAAGGAGGCAGGAGCUCGCUUAGUGGAGGCCUCCUUCGACGACCACCGGAGCCUUGUGGACGCUGUGAAACAAGUGGAUGUGGUCAUAUGCACUAUGUCGGGAGUUCACUUUCGCUCUCACAACAUUCUCCAGCAGCUCAAGCUGAUUGAGGCGAUUAAAGAAGCUGGAAAUAUUAAGCGUUUCGUGCCAUCGGAAUUCGGCAUGGAUCCAGCAAGAAUGGGAAAUGCGAUGGAAGCAGGAAGGGUUACAUUUGAUGAGAAGAUGGAAAUAAGGAAGGCCAUUGAAGAAGCAAAUAUUCCCCACACUUACAUUUCAGCUAAUUGCUUUGCUGCUUACUUUUGUGGUAACCUUUCUCAACUUGGCACUCUUCUUCCUCCCAAACACACAGCUUACAUAUACGGGACUGGCAAUGUCAAAGUGAUAUAUAUGGACGAAGAUGAUGUGGCAGCAUACACAGUGAAGUGUAUAGAUGACCCCAGGACCUUGAACAAGACAGUAUACUUAAGGCCACAACAAAACAUCUUAACUCAGAGGGAGUUGAUUGCUAAAUGGGAAAACUUAAAAGGAAUAGAGCUUCAGAAGAUCACGGUUACUGCUGAUGAAUUCUUGGCAUCCAUGAAAGAUAUGGACUUUGUUCGUCAAGUAGGAGUGAUAUUUUACUACCAUAUUUUCUAUGAGGGUUGUUUGACAAACUUUGAAAUAGGAGACGAUGGAGAAGAAGCUUCGCAACUUUACCCAGAGGUUCACUACACUCGAAUGGAUGAAUACUUGAAACGCUAUCUCUAAUAAAUACAACAAAGAUCAACAAUGGACUUAUAUAGUAGCCAUCAAUUUGCUGAU